AUGUGUGGUGGUACGGCCGGCGGUUCGCCAUCUGGCGGGCGGGCGAGAGCGACGUCGUCGGUUAUUUUUUUCCGUUCAACCGUAACCGCGCACGCGGCCACCGACGGCAUCGUCGGCACUUUGGCAGUUUGGCGUGCCGGCGCGUCAGUACCCGCUGGUAUAUCGUGCUCGCUACUCGGUAGUCGCGGUGUCGCAAUGCGGUGCGCAUCGGUACGGUCGUCGUCGUCGUCGUCGUCGUCGUUGUCGUCGUCCGCGCGCGGUGUACCGUCCAACGUCGGGCGGCCCGGUAACGCGGUAUUAUGGCAAUAA